AUGUUAAAACGAUUUUCACAUAGUAGAGGAAGCUCUGUAGGAGAGAACACAGGUGGACAUUCGAUUUUCCAUAAGCGAACACCGUCUAAUAACAAUCCUCCUAAUACAGGAAGUCCGGCGCCAUCAAAUACUGUGGUAUCUGGUUCAAGGUCUAGUGUAAACAGUUCAGCAAGCAAUUUUCUUGCAGAGCAGUAUGAGAGAGACAGAAAGAGUAUUAUUCAGUCUUGUUUUCAAAAAGUUGACCCGGUAACUAAUACUGCUGCUAAUGUAUAUAUUACUCAUGUUCGAAUAAUUGAAAAUUCCAAAUAUCCAAGUAGCAGGCCACCAAUAGAUUCACCAUUAUCGAAUAAAAAGAAGCGUAUAUUAAUUGUGAGCGCAAGGGCCAAUGGUAUGGGGAAACUUUUGCAUAAAGCUCGGGAGAACAGCAAUGGAACCAUUCAAAUUGGUAGAUCGUGGGAUAUGAACGAAUUGACACUAAUCGAGAGAGAUACAGAACGCAAUGAAGGCUUUUUCUUUUUGAUGGGAAAGAGAUACUAUUGGGAAACCAAUUCUGCUAAGGAGAGAACUGUUUUCGUGAAGAGUGUGGUGAAAAUAUAUAUGGAAAACUCCAAUGGCCGCCUUCCACAGCUGAUUAAUUGGGAUUUAUCUUUGUUUGAUCUUGAUGAAAGAGUUUACCAACGUGCUGUGAUAUCUUCUUUUAAGCAAACCUCAGAUAAUUCUCGUAAUAAACCUACCCAAUUUAACCCACAACUAAUGUACGAUCACCGAUCACCCUCAAGGAAUGAAAACUCUCAGUCGGAACAGAAUAGCGCAGUUAAAAAACCUACUGGUAAUGCCGUGCAAACUUAUAAAAAGGAGAAGAGAAUCAUUUCAGGGGACGCCAAAGGCCCAAUGUCGAUUCCUGAACAUAGUUACGAACAAUCACAAACGUAUGAACCACCAGCUCGACAAAAAAAUACUGUACAGGCUCAAGCAAAAUAUAAAAAAGAAUAUCAUGCCUACUCGCAGAAUUCUAUUACUCCUGUUACUCCUGUUACGCCAGCUAUGGGGCUUUCGGAUUCAGCUCAUGUUAAUUUUUCACCUCUUACUACUAAUACUUAUACCAGUGGUACAGAUGAUACCAAAUAUAACAAUAUUAUACACGAAAAUGAUACCAGGAAACCAAAGAAACAAAACGGGUCUGAGCCUCAGGCCUUGGCAUCUAAUUCAAGAAACAAUAAGUCUGAAUUACCCUCUCAGCUCUACCGAAAUGAUGACAAAAAGAAGAGCCCUGCUCAUGCUAUAUCACAGGAACUAGUAACAGAUGAAGGGUCUGAAAUUCAUAAUUUUGUCAGAACUGUCGCUACUAUUAGGGACGGUAACCCUAAUAGCGGAGAUUCUUUUACCUUCACUAAACCCAGUACACCUGCUGACAGCACCUUAGAUUUCAGUCGAGCGGAUGUACCCCACUUUGCCAGUACUACCGAUUUACCACAUCCGCUCCAGAUUCAUCAUGAACAAUUGGAGAAUGAUGAAGUUGCUUAUACUCAGGUUCGCAAUAGUAGGGCUUUGAACGAUUUCUCUGAUUCACAUCAGAAGCCAACUUUGAAUGCUUCUGAUAUUAACCAAAGUUCACAUGAAUUACAGAGGUCGCCAGAGGAAACUGAAGAAUUAAAUUACCAAGCAGUAGUGGAUAUCCUUGACGAAAUUAAUUGGUCUGCACAUGACAAUUCAACCUACAUUUUGGAUCGAUUAAUGAAGAAAGUUGCUGAAGCAGAGUAUCAAUUAAAUGAACAGCUGAUGACAUUACCGAAGAGUGUAUCCGAUCUUAAUGCUUAUAAGUCGAAAACUAUCGAUGAAUGUCAAAAAAUGGAUCCAACUCUAUCUUUUUUUACAAUGGAGCUUACUAGUGUUUCCAGGGACAUAGAUUAUGUGGAAAAGCAGUCUAAUGGUUUACAGGUCGAGGCUGCCAACAAAAAGAUGUUGUGGAAAGAAUUGUCAGAAAUGUUGGAUUCAGUAUCACUGGCAGGGUUCUCAUUAGAGGAAUUAUUGACACUUCCUCUAACGAAAUCAAACUUAGGGAAGCUUGAGUCAUUACUAUGUGCGCUACACAAAGCAAUUGGCGCCCUAGACAGUGGAUCUAAACGUGAACAGUAUGGCCUUGGUGAAAUUCGAGCAUUGAAAGAUAGGCGACAAGCAUAUAAACGGAUAACUGAUCAAUUCCUGAAGAGAGUAUUGCAACAGCUCGAUGUAAAAUUUAAAAACCUUACAGUCUCCUCUACGGGCUUGGCAGAUUCCUUAACGGAACUGCUGGUUUUUUCUUCUUUACCUUUAUUCUGUAAGGACGUUUCUGAAGACAUAUAUGAUGAACUAAUGGCCCAAUUUACCUCUGCCAUUUUGCCUGCUUACGAGAGCAGGAUAGCUGAUAUAAAUGAAUUUGUUAAAGUUAAUGCGAUUAAACCACUUGCUCCACCUGACAAGGAGGUAAAAAAUGAGUUGAUUAGUUUGUGGGAGUCAUUUAGAAAAACAAAGAAACUAAACUUCACAAAAUGCUCCAAAGAGGACGAAUUAAAUACCUUUUUGAAGGCCUUUGGCGCAAUGGAAGAGCUGUGUAUAAGUUACCAAAAUUUCAUUGACAGAUUCUUCCAUAUAUCCUCAAACUUAAGCUUCCCUGAGUAUGUUAAUAAAUAUGAUCAAAAUUCCAGGCAAUUCGAUCUAUAUGAGGUCCUAGAACUCCAAUCAAACCGUGAUUCUGCAAAAUCGAAGUAUCAGAUGGUGAAUUCAGUAUUUCAAUCGCAUUUCAAUAAGUUUGUGAUUGAAGUUAGCCAAAAUCUGAAGAAGAAUACCUGCCAUAUCCCUGCUGCUUUAUUUUAUCUGGAGAAUAAGGCUAAAUUACUAAAGCCAACAGAUCAAGAAUUUUUGUUAACUAUGCUGUUAAAAGCUUUUGAGAAAAUGAAACAGGAUUGGGAGAGCUAUGUGAAUGAACGUAUUAUGCAUAAUGAAAGGUCGAAUAUUGACUUUAAUUCCAAGACACUAUUCCCUGAUAUAUUAAGCUUUCCAAUAUUUGUGAGGGUCGCGGAAGAAGAAGUCGAUUUCAUGUCAUCCAAAGUUGACGUUACGGUGGAAGAUAAUGAAGGAGUAUCCAAAUACCUUGAUAUAACCUAUUGUAAUUGGGGUAAUUCCUUGACCAAAAUACUUACUGAAGGCGAGCAGCCAGAUACUAAUAAUACCUUAUUGCCAGCUAAUAUUUCUCUCAAACUAGAAAAAUCAAUUGCUUUCAUACGGAAUAGCCACUGGUUGGUAGAGACUUUACCAAUAUUGCGCAAAGAAAGUCUUGCAUCUAUAGUACACAAAUCAAAACAAGUUUUCGACACUCAAAAGGAGAUUUAUGCUGAUAUAUUGUUACACCAAGAAAUGGGAGACUUAUUUGCCUUUGUAGAAGGCGCCCAUGGGCUGAUUAAAACAUCAUCACCCAAUGCAAAUCCGUCUAGCUGGGCAGCUUAUAGCCCUCAUCACUUAUCUACAUUGAUAAACAAAUAUACUUCCCAGAAAAUUGAUGAGAUAGUUGGCAAUUUAUAUGGCGUUAUGGUUCUGCAUUUUUCAGUUGAUAACAAGAUGGCGGAGAAUUUAUGUGAAAAGUUAUGGUCUUGUGUGCAAGGAGAAACAGUUUCAUUUUAUUUGAGAUUCUAUUCCUUAGUAGACAAACAUUACAAAGGAACCUAUAUAAAUUUUACCAAGAAUGAUAUCAUAGGUUCAUUUGAUAAGCAUAAGGAUUUUAAUGCUAAAUAA